CGCCCUUUAAAAAAAAGACCAAGAAGGCCGCGACCAAAUGACCUAGCGAAGCUUCAGAUAUAUCGGAAUCAGCGGGCUCAAUCUCCGGUGGUAGAAAAGCAAUGAGCCUGGCACUCAUACAAGGCUACUCUUCAGCGGAAGAAGAGCAAGAGGAGAGGUUAUCCUCUUCUUCUCGCUCCGCCAACGAUGAUGAUGAAGAUGAUGACCUCCAAGCCUUCCGGCGGACUCCCUCCGCCAGUGAAAGGGACUCUUCUUUUAAUCUCUCUACACCCUUCUCAAAUUCAUCGCUUCCCUCCGCCUUUGCUGCCUUCGCGGAGGUCGUUGGGCCGCCGGAGUUUCUGAACAACGGCGUGGUGGAGGGAGAUAAACAAGAUGUAGAGAGGAAUGGAGGCCGGAGGGGAAAGGGCUCGGGGAAGAAAGAGAAGAAGGAGCUUCCUCCUGGUGCAGUUCUGGAGUCCAAACCUCAGCUGGUUGGUAUUCGAGAUCGAGUUAGAACUGACAUAGAAGCAAGCUCCCCAGCUCUAACUACUGGCAACACAAACGGUGAAGGCAAGAGAGUAAUCUCUGCUUCAAAUCCUGAUGCAAAGGAUGCUGCGGAUCUCCUCAGAAUGUGCUUACAAUGUGGGAUCCCAAAAACUUAUUCGCACACUCGAGGUAUAGUGUGCCCGGUUUGCGGUGAUCGCCCUCUUUCGGAUCCUUUAAACGAAUCCGAGAAGAAGAAGGGCUCGACCAUUAAAGAUAAAGAGAAGAGCAAGAGAAUGAAAGGUCAAUCAAGUCAUGCCACAUGGAAGAGCGAGACCGAAAUGCAACUGCGACAACAAUUUGAUUAGAAGUCACAAAAAAUUAUAGCUUGUAUGAAAUUAUUGUAUGUGAUGUGGUUGACAUAGUCUGCCAAGUAGUUUUGUUCCAAGACUUCUAUGUUAAAUAUUUCGGUUUUGUUUGGGACAGUUUUUUACUAUUUUUUUAAA